UUGCACACGUCGGUAUAUCCUGCGGAUACUUUCACCUUCGGGAGCUCUGCUAGUUCUGUUUUAUCCAAGUUUUUGGUCUGUAUCUUGGUUUCUAGCUGCAUCGGGCCGGGCGAACGAUGGGUAGAACGGGUGGCUGCACGUUCCCAUCGUGUUUUUGCCCAUUUCCCAUUCGCCUUGCUUUUUUUUUGGUAUGAGAAUAGUCUAACUAAGAGAUAA